AUGCUAGACCAAUUGAAAAUCAAGAAGUUUGUCAAAGAUGUCAAAAUAUUAACUAAUGGCAUUAAGAGGUGGGUCAGAAAAAAUAAGGGCGGAGAAUCUACAGAAUCAUUGCUGGAUAGUAAAAACAACAAAAUUGAAGAAUUUGCAUGUUUCAACACACAACCUAUGGUAAGUGAUACUUGGGCCUAA